AUGCAUUUUGACAGAUGUGAACUAGAUUUCUCGUUAUAUAUUACCCAUAUAAUUUUCAAUUAUCUAUCUAUCUAUCUAUCUAUCUAUCUAUCUAUCUAUCUAUCUAUCUAUCUAUCUAUCUAUCUGUUUACAGUAAUCUCCAAAAGAUGUCAUCCUGAUCUAUCCCAUUCACUUCUUUCUUUCUUUCUUUCUUUCUUUCUUUCUUUUUAUCUAUCUAUCUAUCUAUCUAUCUAUCUAUCUAUCUAUCUAUCUAUCUAUCUAAAUCCCUUCUUUAUUCAGUUAUCUAUCUAUCUAUCUAUCUAUCUAUCUAUCUAUCUAUCUAUCUAUCUACAUCACUUCUUUCUUUCUUUCUUUCUUUCUUUCUUUCUUUCUUUCUUUCUUUCUUCUUUCUUUCUUUCUAAACUAAGCACCAAAAGAUGUCAUCGUGAUCUAUCUAUCUAUCUAUCUAUCUAUCUAUCUAUCUAUCUAUCUAUCUAUCUAUCCUUAAAAAUAUUCACUCGUGUACGAUCUGUUUUUCUUAUUCACGAUAAUCACUUCCGUUCUUCUUGCUUGGUAGAGGUGGUCAAUUUGCACAGUUCCCGCCCUAUUACAGUUGCCACCCAGUCAUGCAUUCUUCUGUGUUCAGUUUCCGAUAUUCACUGCUUAUGUGGCUUACGGUUUCAUUUCUUUUUACGCAGAGGCGGUAUCUGUUAUAUUUCUGGGUGUUGUUAA